GUUUUGUAUUUUUAUAAUAUGACGGACACUUCAUAGGGUUGGUAUACAAAAAUUUGGCCAGGCAGGUUGGCAGGAAUACAUUAAGACGAGAAAGCCUUUCUGAUCUAGUAUAGACCUGUCUGAACUGUACACUGUUCUGGUGUCUAAUUAUAUAUAGAAAAAAUAGAUUAUUAUUCAGCGUGUUUCACAGUUUUUCGCUAAAUAUGUACACUAACCCUGCCCUCGAGAUACAAGAACAAUGUUAGAGCCUUCGGUUAGUUUCCAGCUUACCAGGCAGCGGCCUUUACUCUAGAUUAUGCGCAGUGACCAUGACAACUUUCAAUAAUUACUCACAGAAGGCUAGAGAAAAAGUAACGAAUUUACGCUGUAAACAUCUAGAUAUGUCUGAAUGGAAGAUAGCAGCAUCGAGGACGUGAAAGUAUUGGCUUCAGAUUGGGUGAAGAGAAUGCAAAACUCUGUUCCAACUCCUAAUGAUGAUCUCAGGAAUUAUGGUGUCGUCAGAGCUCGUUUCGGCUCAAACGAUGAGCGAAUGCUCCGGAGCCACGAUUUUUGCGAAGAAAAUGGGAAAAUAGAUGACUUUAAUUUGCAUCUGACAAAUACAGCACGUGCCGGCUCUACUGAUUCUCCAAGACAGUUGUCUGUCGAUGCAGGAAGAGGUAGAGAUGUUUUCGAACAAUAUGACACAUCGUUCGAACGCACGUCCAAACAAUCGAACAGCGCUCACUCGUCCAGAACAACUGGCGGGCGAGAGGAGAUUUUAACAAGAGAAGCAAGCUCCAAUGUCACUCCAAGAGUAGAUGUGUCGUUCUUACGCCAAAAGCGUUUGGCUUUUUUCGACGAUAAACUGAGAUCGCAAGAAGAAGGGGAUAUAUUGCACGACAAGAAUAGCAAUAUUUUGACGAAAAUCGCUGUGAACCACUCGCGACCCUCCGAAGCUCACAGCUCUUCCAGCAGCGAAGAAUUUGAUUUCUCGUUAUUAAGGAGCAACGGCUUUGCAGCCCAAGAGUCAUCAGACCAAAUGUACGGGUUGCAAUUGGCAGAGACACCUGUCCCGUCUCAUUUUAUAAAUGGCAGUGAUCACGACAAUUGCGUUAAAUAUCCGUGCAUGUCUCCUCGGGUACGUGUUCCUGAUCAUGAACCUGACGAAGAAGACAUCAAACUCGAGCUCUGGGGAUUAAAAGAGGCUGUACAGUCUGGAGAAGUUGAUUUAAAUGCAUAUUUAAAGAAACCAGCGUGGAGAGAUCAGAAUGUUUCAGACUCUACAACUUACAUGUACCGCCGGCUUGGAAAAGAGAAUUGUGAUAUGCAGUCUUCUGAGGAACUUCCAAGAAAUGGGUUUGAUCCAUUACUGCAUGACAAGACUAAGCCUGUCAUAUUACCUGACAGUGGUGGCUAUAAGCAAUCUCACUUUCAUUCCGUUGUUAACGAAAGUGGAAAGAUCUGGAAAGAAAUUAGUGAUGAUGUUGAUGAUGGAUAUUUUUCAAAGGAACAUAGAACUUCUUUUUCCCCUGUUUUUCAUAUGCAAGAAGGUUCCCAUGUCUUUAAUGGUCCUGAGCCUCAGAUAAAUGGCCCACUGUAUUCUGGUUUUGAAACAUCAGAUUCUGAGAGCAGUUUGUUGAGUUUUGGUUCUAAGUGUGAUGACGUUCACUACCGGAAGGUCGUUAAAAAACAAGAUUCUCCUGUUGUUGAUAAAAGGUUAAGUCAGAGGACAAAUGUACUUUCUGCUAGCAAGAAGAAAGAAAACAAAAUCAAACCAAAAAGAAGCAAAGAUAAAAUUCUGAUGGAACUGACUGAAUUUAUAGAAGGCUCAGGAACUCCAAAAGACGUGAAGCAUUCAAGGCAAAGUACCAGGAGUAAUGAUGUAGCAAAAGUUAAUAAUGCACAUGUACAAGAAGGCAAUGCAUUAACUACAGUCUUAGGAGAUCACUUGCAUAAUGGUUUUGCAGAAAGAGCUGAUGCAGUGAAUUUAAAUGGGAAUUCAUCAUACAUGUAUAAAACCAAUGUUUGUGAUAAGAAUGUUGUACAGUCAUGUGAUGAUUACAAUCAGAGAAGAGAUGGUAGAAUACUUGAAGAGAAUCAAGGGAGUGUUAUGGGAAAAAUUUGCCCAAAGUGCAGUGAAGUGAACAGUAAAGCUGCUAAUUGGUGUAUUGAGUGUGGGACAGCACUUGUUUGUGUCAAGGCAUCUUGCUUAACACCACGACAGCAAAAUCACUUUGAGAAACAGUGCCUAGAGACACAAGCCUUAAUAAAGGAAACAUUAAAAACACCCAUGAAUUUAUCACAGGCCUUGCCAUAUGAUAAAGCUGCUAAAGAAGAACGGUCACUCAGUAAUGACAUUUCAAAUCUCUCUUUACAAGUUUCGCAGAGCACUAGUAAUUUAGAGGAGUCAAAGUACUCCUCAAGUCCCCAUGGUUACAAACGGCGUUGGAUGCGUUCAAGCAUUGCUUGGAACACCUUCCACUCCAGUGAACUCUCAAAAAGUCCUUCUUUUGUUAAAGAGCAUGAUCAAAUGAAGGACAAGAAAAGAGCAACUUCUUUCUCAGAUCUGGUGACUCAUUCCUCAACUGACAAAGCCAACAAACACAGGAGAAAUAGUCGAAGCAAAUCUGCUAGACAAAGAACAGUCAGCUGCAGCUCAGUUGGUCCAGAUGAAGAAGCAACCAGUGCUUGUGGAAGAUUGACAAUCGAAGACCACAAACGUCCACAGACUACUUCACUGAAAGGCACACAGAAAGAGAAACAAAGUAGGACCUACGAUCAGAGGUCAAGUUCGUCCCUGGAGAAUAAGAAUGGGAAAACAACUAAAGGACAACACAAAGCUAAUUUGCACAAUGGUUUUAUCUCUAUAGAGAGUCAGUCAUCUCCAAGCUUGCUGAAGAGCUCUAGUGUAUCAUCUUUGGAUGGUGGAACAAAGUCUUUUCUCUCACAGGGUGCAAAGACAGUUGUACCUCCAUUGAAUCUGCAAGAUGUGGGUAGCUAUGACAGGAUUCUGACCCUGAUUCGUUCUCAGCGAGACAGUGAUCCGGUGCCAUACCUAUACCUUCCUGAUGAGCUCUUGUUGCUGAUAUUUUCUUUUUUACCGCACAAAGACUUGGUGUCCUGUUUAAGGGUCUCGUGGCAGUUUCAUCGAAUCUCAAUGGAUGAAUCUUUGUGGAAAGUUAUUGUGUUAAAACAGAACAAUAACAUAACAGAUGAAUGGUUGCAUGCAAUUGGCAUGCAUCGUCCAAUGAGUUUGACCAUUUCCCAAUGUCAUGGUGACAAAGUUACAGCCAAAGGCCUCCGAGAUUUGUUCAGGAAUUGUAGUGAUUCCUUAGAGGAGCUGAAUUUCAGUAGAUGUCGUGGGGGUGAAUUGAUUGGUGAGUCUGUACUGCUACAUGUUGUGGCACGAUGCUGUUGGUUGAAGUCUGUUGAUGCGAGCUGGAGUAACGUCAGUGAUAAUGGAGUCCAAGCUCUUGUUGACAAUGUGAAGAGAUUGGAAUGUCUUUGUUUGAAUGGCUGUCAAGCUGUCAGUGAUCAAUCUAUCAAGUGCGUGGCAAACAAACAUGGCAAAACGCUGAGGAUCUUUGAAGUGUUUGGUUGCUUUAACAUCACUCCAGCCGGAAUACGAAUUCUUGGUCAGACCUGCAGACAGCUUCAAACUCUGAACAUUGGACAGUGUUACAAGAUCACUGACUCAGCCAUUGGUUCCUUAGUAUCUAAUCUCCAAGAGCUGGAGAAUCUUGAUCUGCGAGGAUGCAAGCAGGUUCGUGAUUCAGCUGUCAAAAAGAUCGUGCGUCACUGUCCACUUGUCACUACUCUUGCGCUCGCUAACUGUCCUCUGAUCACGGAUGUGUCUUUAGCAGAAAUUGCCAACAAUCUUCCAAGAAUAAGGUCUCUGGAUAUAUGCGGCUGUUCUAAUGUGAGUGAUAAUGGUAUCUGUACACUGUCCAAAAGCUGCCAUAGACUGGAAUUGUUAGACCUGACGUCUACUGGAGUUGGUCACAAGAGCGUCUUGUCUCUUGCUAACUACUGUAGUCAGAGUUUGUGUAAUUUGAAGCUAAGUUUCUGUACAGACAUUUCUGAAAACACGGUGGUUCAUCUCGCUAAACGCUGCAAAAGGCUAACCACACUUCACUUGUAUGGCUGCAAGCGGAUACGUAACACAUCUGACCUCAGAUUACUCAACCCCUCGCUCACUAUCGAGUGUUAGCUUGUUUGUAAUCCAGUGACACUGUACAUUAUUUCUUAGGGGUAGGGUGGGGAGGAUCGAUACGUCGAUGCGUGACUAUGUCACAUAUGUCACACAAUCUUUGCUGAUGCUUGAAACAUUGCGUUCAUUUGACUGUAUUUCGAUGUUAUUUUUGUAUUUUUUUGUAAACCAUCCCCUGCUUGGAAAACGUGGAGAACUGAAAAUUGUGCCUGAUCACAGGGAAUCCUUCAUCUCCACGGCUUGCAAGUAAUAAUUUUGUUGCUCCGUUAUUUCAAAGCGUUGUUGAUAGGUUUUGUAUAUAAAAGGCCAAAAAUAUUUUAAUGUAGCAAGUGAUUUAAGUAGUCUUAAAAUAAUUAGAUAACUAGAGUAUUAUUUAACUAGAUAAUAUAAUGACUUAUAAGAGUGGUAGGAAAUUCUGUUUCCUUUAUUGGAUUACUAGGAUCACGUGUUUAGCUUAAUGCGCAGGUUCGAUAUCUCUUGGCUGCUUUGAGUAAAUUUCUUGUACCUUAAAGUUUUUUCGGUGUGCGUUGAGAAAAAUGUUUCGUCUGGGAACUGAAAACGCCUGCAGAAAAAUUUCAGCGCAUGUCUGCCGUGUCUGCGCACUGCCCAGAAGGACACCCUCUGGUGUCAUUUUCUGCUCACGUAGACGAGAGAAAAGUGCAGGGCUGAUGCGGAGUAUGUGAUUCACGAUGAGGUAGGGGGUGGAGAAAGGAGGCCUGGAGGGGGAGGGGGCAGGAUUGUGGGAGGGGAUUUCGAAACAAAUGAAUUGUUAAAUAAAGUAAAUGUGGGUAAACUAGAGAUAAUUUUCACACAGCUCUCGUAAUCCUCUCAAGAAUCAAGUGGGGAGCGAGGGCAUAUGGAUGUACAGAAUAGUAAUUAUUUAAAAAAAUGAAACAAGAGUGAGCCGAGAUUGUUCAUUGUGGAUUGGUUUUAAUUUGAGUCUUCUGGAACUGUGCUAGUCGUUAUAUCUUAUUUUUGUCUGAAUGGAUAUUGUGGCGAAAGAAUAUUGUGUUUAUUGAUGUAAAACAUUGCUGUGCUAACAAAUAUUUUUUCAAAUCACUAAUUUCUACUCAUUUCACUCUCGAAUUAAAGGACUUCGCUGUUCUUUCGUCAA